UCAUGAACCAAGCGACUUGUUUGGUGAAAAAAGGCGGACUUGUUUGGUGAAAGUCAUUCAUGAGCCAACCCCUUUGAAGGGAAAUUUUCACCAGCGGUGCCACCACCCUAUUUUUCAAAGAGAGGUCUCGCCCCAAUACCCAAUUGAGGGAAAAAGGGGAAAACAGAUCAAAAGAGAAUGGCUGAGGAGCAGAGUGUUCAAAUUCCAAGAGUAAAGCUUGGAAGUCAGGGACUUGAGGUUUCGAAGCUGGGGUUUGGCUGUAUGGGGCUUUCAGGAAUCUACAAUGAUCCCGUCCCUGAAGAGGUUGGCAUAACAAUUAUAAAGCACGCAUUCAGUAAAGGGAUCACAUUCUUUGAUACGGCCGAUGUUUAUGGAGCAAAUGCGAACGAAGUUUUGGUUGGAAAGGCAUUGAAGCAGUUGCCUCGAGAGAAGAUUCAGUUGGCCACAAAAUUUGGCAUCUUCAAAAUGGAAUCUGGUAAUGUUAUAGUAAAGGGUACCCCGGAAUAUGUCCGCUCCUGUUGUGAGAGUAGUCUGAAGCGCCUUGGUGUUGAAUACAUUGAUCUCUACUAUCAGCACCGGAUUGACACAUCAGUACCUAUAGAGGAGACUAUGGGGGAACUUAAAAAGUUGGUGGAAGAGGGAAAGAUAAAGUAUAUAGGACUCUCUGAAGCUAGCUCAGACACAAUAAAGAGAGCACAUAAAGUUCAUCCUAUCACUGCUCUACAAAUGGAGUGGUCCCUCUGGACUCGUGAAAUUGAGGAAGAUAUAAUCCCCCUUUGCAGGGAUCUUGGAAUUGGGAUAGUACCAUACAGCCCUCUCGGUCGUGGAUUUUUUGGUGGCAAAGCAGUUAUAGAAAGUGUACCUUCAAAUAGUUUUCUUAACUCAAAUCCUAGAUUUCAAGGAAAGAAUUUUGACCAGAACAAGACCUUUUAUUUUCGGAUAGGAAAGUUGGCUGAAAAGCAUAGAUGCACCCCCGCACAACUUGCACUUUCAUGGAUUCUUCAUCAAGGAGAUGAUGUGGUUCCUAUCCCUGGGACAACUAAGAUUAAAAAUCUUGAUGAUAAUAUUGGUUCCUUGAGCGUUAAGCUCACGAGAGAAGAUCUGAAGGAGAUGUCGGAUGUGGUACCCAUCAACGAGGUUGCAGGGGAAAGAAUAACUGACAAUUUUAUUCGCUGCUCAUGGAAAUUUGCAAACACACCAGCAAAAGACAGCAAUGUAGCUUAAAGAUCCAUUUAUGUGGUAUGAGGUUUGUGAUUAUUGUAAAAGUUAUGGUGAAAGAUUAUGCUGAUCAGCUACUAAAUAAAGUACAGUCCAAUGCUCAAGAUUGAAUUUGCAGAAUGUUGAUCUUGUAGGAUGUUGUCCAAGUAUUUUCCUACAUUUUAGAGAAUAAUGAAUAUGGUGAGGGCCAUUUUCUUAGAAACA